UAUUGUCAAGGUAGUUGAUGUUAGGUUCGUGGUGUCUUGUGGUGUCAACGACUUCUUAUCUAACAUUUCUGUGUUUUACUUGAUGUUUGAGUGACUGUUCUGACAUAUUUCAGCCUCCUGUCUGCUUGCUCAGGUAAAUCUUGAAAUUUGGCAGAAGUGAGGAUACACUCAGACUUUUUUUUUUUUUUUUUUUUUUUUUUACUGUGUGGUGACACUGCAGGGAUAUCUUACAGUGAAAGACGACAGUGACAGUGAAAGAGAAGCAGGCAAGAGAGAAACAUUGACUGGAUCCAUAAUCAAAGGACUAGCUUUUUACCUGGAACAUGAAGCUCAAGUCACUCUUCUCUCCUGUGAUGACUCUCCUGUGUUUGUCAAGCCUACUGAUCUGGUACUUACUGGACAGUGAUGUGGACCAGCACUUACCAGCCCCUCAGAGGAAAAGAGCCCCCAAGACUUUUGACCUCUGCAAAGAAUGCAAUAAUACGAUCAUAAAAGUAAUGCAGAAUUACUCCCAAGCCUGGAAGAAGCAGGAGGACAAUUUUAAAAAGUUCAGAUCUCAGCUGAGCAACAGCUGCAGUGGUUUUGACAAAGCCAUCCUUAACCAGGCCAACACUGUAGUGGAACCAGAGCUCGUUGAUAAGAGAAAGUGCAGCUUCCAGGUGUCUCAGGAGGUUUUUAACACCUUUACAAAGGAGCAUCCUUUCUCAAAUAAAACAUGGGACACGUGUUCUGUUGUUGGGAACGGAGGAAUCCUGACUGACAGCAGCUGUGGAGAGAGAAUUGAUUCAGCUCAGUUUGUCAUGAGGUGCAACCUUCCUCCUUUGGGAAAUGGUUAUGAGAAGCAUGUCGGUGUCAAAACGGACCUUGUGACAGCGAACCCAAGCAUCCUCAGGGAGAAGUAUGAGUCUCUGAUGAAGCGUCGUCGUCCGUUUGUGGAAAGUCUGCAUAUUUACCGCAACUCCUUGCUAGUCUUUCCCUUCUCUCGUGGAAACACUGCUAUAUUUCUGCGGGCCAUCUACAGUGUUGAGGACUUUGGAAGCCCCAUUAGGCCCGUCUUCAUUAACCCUAAGUACUUCAACAGACUGGCUGCCUUCUGGCGUGUACAAGGCUUGGGAUCAGCAUGGAUGAGCACCGGGCUAAUUAUGACUAGCAUAGCUUUGGAGGUCUGUGAAAAUGUGCAUCUGUAUGGGUUCUGGCCCUUCGAUAAUCACCCCUAUGGACUCUACGACCUGACGCACCACUACUAUGAUGACAGAAAAGCUAAAAGGUUCCACGCCAUGCCCAAGGAGUUUGGGCUCCUGAUGCAGCUGCACAGAAAGGGGGUGCUCAAGCUUCAUCUGGGAGAUUGUCAACGGUUAUGACUAUGAGUCAUAAUUGUAUAUAAGUGUUAUUAUGUUGGUCUGCUUUGUGUUCGGUGUUUCGUUUGUGCGUCUGUCUUUGUGCUGUGUUUCAGGUGCCCAGCCCUGAUUGGAGAAACCCGGAUGGUUGCUAAUGUUUUCUGCAAAACAAUUAUGAUCCAAUCUUUUUAUUAACGCUUCAAGUGUUCAUCAGACACAUGUUCACACAAGAAUGCAUUCCUUUGAAUACUUCUAUAAACAUGUGGACUGGAGAGCUGUAGGGUUUUUGCACUAUUCCAACUCUGAUUUUUUUUUAUACAACUAGUCUAUGUAUAACUGAUAUGUAACUCAGUUUUUGGUUUGACAUUAUUUUGGUUUGUUUGCAUACAAGUUAGAUAACAAUAUGUGUAAGUAAUCUAGUUAAGGUAAAAUAAAUCUGAGACUUGCUCAAGAAACGGUAAUUUCUCGUGCUUUAAUUUUGUAUUUUAGAACAUGUCAUGCUAAGGUUACCUUGCUUCCUUUUUGGUAUUUUGAAGCAACUUCCGGUUUUGAAUGUUGUUUAACUUAAGUUCGAGAAAUGAACGUGAUGUAUGUAUUAAGAGAUGGUAAACAACAAAAAAGUUACGGUAAAAGGUGAAUGUUAAAGUUUUGCAGCCCCCCACCGGACAAUAAUCUCUUACGGUGGUUUUGAAUUAUGAGUGAGCUUUACAAUAAAGCAGAUAAAAAUCAUCAGUUGAAGAGUCUAUCUUUCGAAGGGUUUUCUACAAUAUAAUACAGAUUUUUUUUUUCAACAUAUUUUUAUUAAAGCAAGUUCAAAAUAUACAGUGCAAUUGGGAUGCAGUCAACAUUUUUAUUUUUUCCUCAGAAACAUUCAAAAACCCAGUAUCACUUCGCCAUGUAAACAACCCUCCCAGACCAACAAAUAGACCUCUUAGUUUAAAGACAAGAAUAAAAGUGCAAGAUUGGAAAACUCACAGAAAAAAAAAAAAAAAAAAUACAAUAA